CAAAUAGCCAAAAGCCCAAGCAAAGACAUAACGCAUUCAGUAGUCCUUUUGUAAUUUUAAUUGUUAACAAAAAUAAUUGGAGUCUGAGUCAUUUAGUAUUUGCCUUCUGACGAAACGGCUUACCUUGCUCUAUUUCGGCAGAUCGCCCAAUUUUUAUUUUGGUAUUGAAAUGUUCAAAAAUACGUCUACAAAAUCCCCAAAUAAAAACAAAUAAAAUGUAACGUAAAAAUACGAGGCAUUUAUUUCAUCUUCGCUUUUUUUCUCCUUAAGAGAUGAAUGGAGAUGAAAAAUUCAUUGUCUAAUUGAAAAAAGUGAAUUGAAUAGUGUAAAAACGAAUUUACAUUCCAUCAGUUUAUUAAGUAAACUUACGACACACACGGAAAAAAACUGUAUACGAUUCGGCGAAUAGCACGAGUCGACAGCAACAGAAGCAGCAACAGCUGAUAAGCUAGCUACUAAUUCAACUUAAGUCUAUAGUUUGACGUCGAUAUUCAAAUUGAUAUAAUGAUUAUCUUCCAAACACCUACAUUCGCUUAAGCCUCAUUUAAAUAUUCACUUGGAGUCAUUAAGCAGUAGUUGCCUUCUUUGAGUCAAAAGGACUAAAUGGAAGCGGCUAAGAUUGUUUUGUUCAUCGUAUUUCUUCGGCUGGCUGCAGUCAAUGCCAAAAUCUAUCAAAAAUGCGAUUUGGCACGUGAACUCGUCGAAAAGCACCGAUUCAGCCGUACCAUGCUAUCAAGCUGGAUUUGCAUGAUCGAAGCGGAAAGUGGCUUCAACACAAAAAGCAGCAAACCAUACCCACCGAUUGUCGGUAGUCUUCCAUCAGUACACAAAAGUUUUGGUCUAUUCCACAUAAAUAGCAAAAACUACUGUGGCAUUGAACAUGUUGGCGGAAAAUGCAAAGUUCGAUGCGAAGAUAUGCUGAAAGAUGAUAUUACGAAGGCGGCUCAAUGCGCGCAAAUCGUUCAAAAUACUGAAGGCUUUAAGGCUUGGAAAGGCUGGGAAAUGAAAUGUAAACCAAAUAUUAGUAAUUUGCCACCGUUGAACGAUUGCUUCAGAACUAAAAGAAGUGCUGCUAUCGCUGGCUGAACAAUGAAAACGAAAGACACCAAUGUGUUGAACAAAUCAUAUUUGUACUGAAUUAAAAAAAUGUAAAUAAAAAGAGAAUAGCGAUUAUUGAAAAUUUAA